ACUUCACGCGCUGUUGUUUACCAUUAAGAAAUCUUAAACAUUUGUAUUUCAUUAAGCAUUGAAGUACAAAUAACAUAUCCGUAGGGAAAACGUAACGAUAAGAUAUAAUUAGAGAGAUUUAUACAAAAAAAAAAAUAACGUUUUAAAUAUAAUAUUUAAAAGGAUGUUUUACAAAUAAGUGUUUACAAUUUGAAGCUUCAAUGAACAUUCAUAGUCUCGGUAAAUAAAAUCUUCAGUUACAUUUUUCGUUCUUUACAUUCAUCUAAAGUGAUUCAAGCUGACAUUAGGGAUCAUUUAACUGCAAAUGUUGGACUUGUAUGAGGAUAAUAAAUAAUGGCUGAGCUGAGGCAAAGGAACACAAAUGUAGAGAUCAAAUAUGAAGUGGAACCAGUUGUCAAAUUAAAAAGAAAUGUAGGGCUUAUCAGCGGCAUAUCUUUCAUUGUGGGAAGUAUCAUAGGGUCCGGGAUUUUCAUUUCUCCUAAAGGUGUCCUGACAGAGACUGGUUCGGUUGGACUGAGUCUUAUAGUAUGGGUUUCCAGCGGAGUACUGUCGUUACUAGGGGCCCUGUCGUAUGCAGAGCUGGGCACAAUGAUACCAAAGUCUGGUGGAGAAUAUCCUUAUUUUAUGGAAGCCACGUUCCCCGUUGUUGCCUAUCUAUUCAGCUGGACACGCACAAUUGUGUUGCAGCCUUCGGGAGUCGCUAUCAUCUGUAUGACUUUUGCGUCGUAUAUGACAACAUUUUUUGACUACUGUGGCUCCCCAGCACCGCCAGAGAAGAUGAUUGCAGCUCUUACAAUAUUGACUAUUUGUAUUAUAAAUUGUUAUGAUACGUCUGGCGCUGCGUUCGUUCAGGUGUUUUUCACAGCGGCCAAACUUCUUGCUAUUGGCAUAAUUAUUAUAGGGGGCUUCGUCAAACUUGGCCAAGGAGGCGACAAGGAGUUGCAAGAUGGGUUCAAAGGAACAACAGAUUCACCAUCAAAGAUAGCACUUUCAUUUUAUGAUGCAAUGUGGGCAUACGACGGCUGGAAUACGUUGAACUAUUUAACAGAAGAAUUAAAAGAUCCGUAUAGAAACUUGCCAAGAGCCAAUAUCAUUGGCGUGUUACUUGUAACAGUGGUCUAUCUAUUUACGAACAUAUCUUACCUCGCUGUACUCGGCAAGGAAGGACUUCUCGCUUCGGAUGCUGUUGCUGUGGACUGGGGCAAGGAAAUGCUAGGAAGUGCAUACAUUAUAAUGCCAAUUGCUGUCCUUUUCUCAACUUUCGGCGCGGCAAAUGGGUUUUGUUUUUCAUCCUCAAGAAUGGUAUAUGCUGCUGCACGAGAAGAACAUUUACCAGAGGUUUUGUCAUAUGUGCACGUGAAACGUUAUACUCCAUUGCUGUCUGUGACUGUAACGGGUAUCAUUUCAAUUCUUAUGGUAAUUCCAUCCGACAUUGGAUCCUUGAUUGAUUUCUUUAGUUUUGCUGCCUGGAUGUUUUACGGUCUUGCAGUAUUCUGUGUAGUCAUUUUGAGAUUUAGGCAGCCGCAUGCUGAUAGGCCUAUAAAGGUGUUUAUCCUCAUCCCUAUCAUAUUCACAUUAUGUUCCAUCUACCUUGUCAUAGCACCGAUCAUCCAGGAUCCCAGGCUUGAGUUUCUCUGGGCUUUCCUGUUCAUAGUCGGAGGGUUGUUGUUCUACUUUCCAUUUGUUGUCUUUAAACUUGAUAAAGGUUGCUUUGAUAAAGUGACCAUGUUCAUUCAAUUACUCUGUGAGGUUGCACCAAGUCCGUACAUUAUGGAAGAUCUCUCUGGAAAAACAGAUAAUGAACGCGAGAAACGUGACAAUUAAAAAAUUGUGACUGAUUAAAAGAAUUAUGUAUGCAAAAAUAUAAGUUCCUGAACAGAGAAACUACUAAAUAUUGAAGAGUGUUUUAAUAUUUGAAUCGAGUCAUUGAACAAAGUAAUAAUCUGACGAAUGAACUAUACUAACAAGAUAGCUUUAGCAGUGUAGCAUAACUACGAUAACAAAGUGCUCGCUAAUGAACUAACUAGUAAUAAAUAUAAUAUAGUGUACAUACAACUACAAUAUAUUUAGAAAGAAUACUUUGCAAUGAAAAUGCAGUAGGAGGUAUUACUUGAAAAAUACCUGCCGUACAACUCUGAUCAAUGCUCAAGACAGAGUCAGUUAUGUGAUCGAAUAGUUUUUACAUUAAACACCAGACAAAAUAGUUCAUUUGAAUAAUUAUAGCAUUUUCAACGUCAAAAAUAAAGUUAUAUCAUAUGCAA